AUGGAGGCAACUGCUAAACAUGAAUUCAAUGCUACUGCAGAUGACGAGCUUUCUUUUAAGAAGGGAAGCGUUGUGAAGGUAAAACGGAAGCCAGAAAUACCGUGUAAUUUGGUUGUCGACGUCCUAUCAUUCGCCCAAUACAAAAGAAUUGCGUAUGUUCCUUGUGCGUUCCAUUGACUAUUUUUGCCACUUUUUAAUUUAAGGUCAUUCGGAAAGGCGAGGAUAAAAAUUGGUUCACUGCUGAACAAGACGGACGCGAAGGGCUUGUUCCAGCGAACUACAUCGAGCUAAAGCCGCACGAGUACGUGAGCAACAAUUUAAACUUAAUUACUUAACUUAAGCUUAUUAGUCUCUAUAAGUUUGGUACCUUAAAUUUUCCACAAGUUAACUGAUUUUUUUUUUGAUGGUCACAUAUUCCCAGGAUAGAAUCGUAGAAAAACAGAAGGUCAACCCCUUCUUCUUAAUCAAUAAAGGUGUACCCUUCUUACACCAGAUUUAUCCUGACGAGUGCAAUCGGUAAAAUCCAAUCGUAGACUCCAUAACUAUCGAUAAUUCCUGAUUGAUUGAUAUCUUUUAUGUUUGUCAAUUUUACCUCGUGAAAAAAAAUUGAAAAAAGGGGUACCCUUCAUCUGGUGAUGGCCUCUUUCACAAAAUUUAUCCUGACGAGUGCAAUUGGUAAAAUCCGAUCUUAAAAUCGAUAACUAUCAAUAAUUCCUGAUUGAUUGAUAGGCCAUCCCCCCCUUUUUUUUUCGUUUAACGUCGAAUGCGUUUCUUGAUAUUGGGUCAGUCGGUCGGAUUGAGAAAAAACAAAACUAAAAAAAAUCACCAGAAGUCUCAGAAUAGGAGGCCCUUGUACCCCAGGACAACGUUAAAAGUUAACAUUCACAGAUUUGGAUGAACAAAAUACACAAUACACUGUAAAAAAUGUUCCUGUUUUUGUUCCUGUUUUUCUCUAUGCUGUUACUAUGCUCAUUUUUCAGAUUAAAAGAAAUGUUUCAAGUGAAAAACGGUUUAACGACGUCAUUACCUUUUUUUGGAAAGUGACAAAAAUUUGGGUCAGUCAGAGGACACUAAAGGGAGAAAAAAAAUCAAUAUUUAAAAAAAAACUUUGACACAGAUAUUGGAGUAAUCGAUAAUAAUCUUCCUCUAUCGAUUUUUAUAGAUUUUCAUUUAAUCAAUCGAUUUUAUUGAUUGCUAUCGAUUGUUAUUGAUUGUUGACUUUGUUGAUUGCACUUGUCAGGUUAUAUGCAUGUUGUGUGGAUCGAUGAUUUGUUAAAAGUUUUGUUGGCAGUGUUUGAAAACAACAUAAGUUUACCAGGAAUGAGAUGUUCUUUAGCUUGGGCACUGAGUGAUUUGAUGUUUUCCCAAAUGCAAUUCUGGUGUCACCCUUUACAGUGGUGUUUGUAGUAUUGGCAAUUGGUUGAGAUUUCAUAAAUCAUCAUCAGAAGUAAUCAGAGUGAUCAUCGGUUAUAAUUUUUAAGAAUUCCUUUUGUUUUCACCUGUGUGCUAGUCAAAGUAUUAUAAACUUUUUAGUUUUAUGAUUGUGGACCACUUUUAUCAAUGCACAAUCAAAUUUGAACCAAAUCAAUAGAGAGAAUUAAACAUCGCUCAUGUACCACAUUUUACAAUCCAACAAUAAUUUGCAAAAUGUAUCAGAAAAGGCUCAUCAAUGGAUUUUGGUUGCAUUACCAGUUUUGUCAUUUUAUUUAUCAACAAGAAAUAUUUCUAUUAAGUUUUUGCAGUAGUCAGUGAGACCCUCUUAUGGGGGUUACUUAUGUCCCUAGUCUGCGGAAUCUCAAAACCUGUUAUUUGGCGUAUUGAGGAGGAAGUCAUGUCGCUGUGGGUGUGUUAUUAUUGUAUUUGGUCUUUUCUCUGUUGCUGUCACAGUUUCAACUUGACUUUGUGUCGUUUGUCGCCAUUUCUGCUGUCCUAUGUCACUGCUCCAAGGCCAUGUAUGUCGCUUGUCAGAAUUUUACCCUAACAGGACCUUGUCAAUUGAUCAUUUUCCAUAAUCAAUUAUUACUUUGCUUUGGCCUUUCAUUCAAUCAAUGAUAUCAUCAUUGAUGAUUAGCACACUACUACAGUGGGAGAUUCCUGCUCAUCCCGAGCCCAAGAUAAUAGGCAAGUCAGGCCUCAUAAAUAAUUAUUCUCUUAGCCUUGUAGGCUCUUUUUGGCACUGGUCUCAAGUGUUUUCUCUUCAUCUACCAUGGUACUAGGUGGUUGGAUAUGGUAAACCAUUCCACUUUGUUUAAACUGAAUCACUCUGAGUUAGGAAACUUUUAAUGUAAUACAUCUUUGCCAGAGCAAGGGGUCAACAUACCACUAGUGUAACAAUAUUAAUAAGUGAAGUCUUGAUUAAUCGCUAUUGUGACCAUUCCACUUGAUUAACUAUUCUUCACUUCAGCAUUUUGAUUUUGGCUCGAUCAUGGUAAAAAGGUUCCUUCAGGAAAAGAGUGUCAAAAUUUAUUCUGGUCUUUUUCUCUAAUCACCUAUUAUUUUAUGAAAUAGUCAGAUGUUAAUUGGUGUUUUAGACCGAGGAACUAAGACCUUUCUUGUUCACAUGCCAUUUUGUGCAUUGUCGGAGACCCAGGGACAGUCAGUCAGGCGGGGAGAACAGUAGGCACAAUAAAAGUUUUCAAACACGAGGAGAAGAGCUGGUUACCAACUCUUACCCGACCAUUUCCAAAUGGUCAAGCGAAUGCUACCUCCUGAUUGGGCGCAAAAAAUGCUUUGUAUUAUUGUGCCCAAUCGGCAAACAGCAUCUUGUGAGUUCUUUUCGUGAGUUCAUACGUGACAGCUUUUGUCUCGCCAUACUUGUCUGGCUCGUGCACCAAAGAAAUGCGGGCAGUCAGGAAACUUUCAGUUUGAUAAACUUCUCAUUUCAAAAUUCAGUCUACCUGAAAACAGAAACAUGGGAACAUAUGUAAGGGUAUUGGGAACAUAUGUAAGGGUAUUUGUAAAGCCGCUUUACCAAAAAUACAAGCUUGAGCUUACAACAGGUAUUCAAGUCUGCAUUGAUCACGCUUUGAUAAAUAUUUGUAAGGUUCAGAUACCACAACGGCAACAGCCACAAAAACGUCACUUGAAAAGUGAAUUCACAUUUUUUCACUUGCUAUCGUGAUUUAAUACUCCAACUUGUUUACUUUGUAAAGGCAAGCGAACUCUUCUGGAGCUGAAUUCCUAUCAACCAUAUCCAUGGUUAGAAAGAGAAAGAAAAUUUUGUCAUUGCUUGUUUACUUACCCACAAAAUGUGAAAUUAGACUUUUUCACGUUGUAGCAUGCAGUGACAGCAAAAAAAUGUGCAAAAAAAGCAUGAUGCUCAUACCAAGUUGUUGGUUUGCCUUGUCAAGCUUAUUGCUUUUUUGAUACCUUGUGAUUGGUAAGAAACAGAAUUUUCUAGGUGCAAAUUUGUGAGGAAUGCUCCUGCUGAUAGCAUCCUAAACGUUUUUCUGACUCAUUGGUAGUUCCUUCGUUUCUGGUUAGGAGAGUAGAAAGUUUCCCUUGCACGCACAAUCUUGAUGAACAAACCGGACAAGUAUGGCGAGAAAAUAGCCGUUGUGUACGAACAGACAAAAAGAACUCAAGAGAUGCUGUUUGCUGAUUGGGCAAGAUAAUACAAAGAAUGUUUGGUGCCCAAUCAAAUGCUAGCAUUUGCUAGACUGUUGGAAAUGGUCUGGUGAGAGUUGGUACCCAGGGGCUCUUCCACCUGUGCUUGUAAGCUUUUGUCGUGCCUACUUUUCUCCUGGCCCGACUGACUGCCCCAGGUUCUCCGAGGAUGCAUUUUGUGUUGCAUGGUUAAAAUGUUGCCCUUCUACCACCCUUUGGGAGUUUCUCAAACAUUGCUAACCAAGCUAUUGUUAAUUAUGCGACCAGUUUUAGGUCACCGAUGUGGUGUGUAUGUGUGUGUGUGUUUGUAGUCUGAAUGUAACAUUCUCCAACCCUCCAAGUUGCAACCAUUUUAGUCGCCAUGGCACCUAAAAUUUUGGAACUGGCGACUUGAUUUGGAGAAUAGUCGCCAAGCUGGCGACCGUGAAGAAUAGGUUCGUGUUGUGGCGUAUAGAAACAGAAAUGGUAAUCACUUCUACUGAAAUAUGAAGAACAUUUAUUCUAGUUGAUUUGAAUUCCAUUAUUUUUUUACUUUUCCGUUGAAAAACAUGCUAAAUUGAAAACUUAAAAAAGUCUCAGAGCUAAGCGUUUUGAAAAUGAACAUCAAUGAAACUUGACUUGCAUUCAUUCGCCUAAUAGCCUUCAGUCUGUUGCCUUGCACGUGACAUUUUAACUUUUGACACGUGACAGAUGGCACGCAAUCGAAGCACCUUGCUUGUGGACAGUGACGAUUUCUUCGAUAUCUUAGGAAUGCUUGUUUAGCCAAGUUUGGUGGUUUUUUAACUGGACUACAUAUUAUAAAUAUUUUUGAAUCAAUACUGAAACAAUCUAAUAACAUGAAGAGGGAAAGCUAAAUUGGUGCAAAUUCAACACAGAACAUUAUGUGAUAACCGUAACAUGUGAACCGUGCUGCGAGUUGAAUCGCGGUUUUGUAAACAAAAGCGAUAAUUGUAAGCGAAACUAAACAUCGCAAAACUGACAGCUUAUGGUUGUUGCAAAAAAUGUUUUUUUAGCGAUGAUAAAGGAAAGAGAAAAUUUAUUAUUUCGUAGGCGGCAUUUUUGUUUGGGUUCCUUUCAAUUGAUUGGGAAAAAAAAUUUUUCGCAGUAGAACUCGUUGCGAAAUUUUCAUGUGUGCGAUGUUAUCUCUGUAAAGCAAUGAUUUCAUUUAGAAAACUUGUCAAUCUUCCUAUACUCUCCUGCCUUUGUCAGGCUUUUGCAAUGUCUAGCGAUAUUAAAAACGACCUUUUAAAUCUCCAAAAAUAUUUGUUAGUUGGGGAAACAAGUUCAUCAUCAACAAAAGUCGCAAAAGAAAUGCGAAAAAAAUAUCAGAAAAAAAAUAGGUCGCCUAUCAAGUUGCGACUGGGAAAUUUUGAAAACAUUAACAGAGGAUGAGUUGAGUUCUGCUCUCAUAUACCAACUGGGGAUUAUAUAGAAGGAUUGAAGGCCCUAAAGACAAAUGGAAAUGGUAAUUGUCUUUACAAUUCCGUUUCAGUAUUGAUUCAAGGAGAUGAAUCUGCAACACUUAUUCUCAGACUAUCAGUAACUAAUGCCUUGCACAAUAAACGAGUAAUUUAUAUGACAGUGCUGCAUUUUAUGUUAAACUGCUAACUGCUUUUGUUAAUGACAAUUUUGAUAUAUUAAGUCAUUAAUAUAAUUUGGCGCCUAAAAAUUUCCCCUGGCGACUAAACCCAAAGAGCUGAUCGCCAAAUGGCCACUGAACAAAAAUUUUAACUUUGAGGGUUGUUCUCCUUAGUCUGAAUACAUGUGUAGUUAUUCAUGUCAUACCCAGCCUUACCCAACAAUAUUAUUUUGCUUUUCGUUAUUAUUAAAUUUCAGGUGGUUUCAAGGCAGUGUGACCAGGCAACAGGCAGAAGAAAAGCUUAUGAAGCAGUCACACGAUGGGGCAUUCCUUGUUAGGGAGAGUGAGAGUACACCAGGUACAGCUUAACAUUUGAGCGAGACUGGGUCAGUUUUGUGUCAAGUUGUACUGUAGGAUUGUUUUGGGCAAUGCUUCAGGUAGCAUAAGAAAACAUCUGAUAUUGAAAUGGCAUCUACAGAACAAGUACAGGAAUUCCAGGACAGAGUGUCAGAGUGCAAAUCAACUCAAAAUCAACCCCAUCUCACAUGUAACCUCAAUAUGACCAGCAAAAAUAUUAUACCAUGCACAGAAUAUGAUUGCCAUUCUUGUUUCUUUGAAUCAUGAAAUCGCACCUAUUGAAACAUGUCAACAGUAAAUGCAAAUUUUUCUGUCAAUCAAAUGUGUCCUAUUAUUUGUAGGUGGAAAUUGGUGAAUCGUCUUGAUUGUUUUGGAGACAACAGAAGAACAUCUUGUUCUUUCUAAAUUUGUCAACUAAUCCCAUAAUUGCACAUAUUUGAGUUUUUUGUGUGAUGUCAUGUUUCUUUACUGUACUGAGCCUUGAUGAAACAGCUGCUGUACACUCUUAAGGAAAUCUUUAGUCUAGAACGCUAGCAGGUUAGUAAUUUAGUAGAAAACAGAGCUGCUCUUUACCUUCAUAAAAACAAUACCAGAAUUUUUUUAUCGUUUAAUUAGUUUUACUGUAAACAUUUGGUAGGUGACACUUUUUUGCAUAAUGCACAGAUCUGGAAAGUUAACAUUAGUCAAUGUUAAGUAGCAUCAUUAACUGUAUACUAGUGUAAGUAGUGAUUAGCUAAUGCUUAAAAUGCAUAGUAAUUUAGUUUUUUUGUUUUUUUUUGUAGGAGAUUUUUCAUUAUCUGUGAGGUAAGAUUUUGUCAUUUUCGUUAUUGGUUAAAGAGAGGGCAAGAGUGUUAGUUUUAGAAUAAAUUAUUGAAUAAUUUGGUGGAUUCAAGAUAAGGACUAAACAAUUUAUUGGAAUAUCUCAAGUCUCAAAGAUAGUUUUGAAACAAUGUUUUGCAUCACUGUUCACAUUUCCCUCUCCUUCCUACAAGGCAAGUGUUACAGAGUUAAUUUGCUCAAGUCAAUAAAGCCCCCAUCUUUCUGCACCAUGUUGGAUUAUUAUUCCAAAGUUUGUGUUGCCAAGAGUUUCUUCUUCUGCACUUCUGCAUGCUACCUUAUGUUUGCUUUAUUUUGUAACUUACCCACCCUUUUUCUCAUGUUAAUAGAACACUGUUGCUAGUGGCGAUUGGGAUCAAUAGUGGACAGGCAUUAAAAUUUACAAACACUCAUAGUUAGUCCCCUCUACUAACUCUGAAACCCUUUAUAGAAAAAGAAAUCAGUGAAAACAAGGAACUGCAUUGAAAGUCAACGAAACGUGAAAAAUCACAGAAGUCAGCAUAAAAAAAAUGCAAAUUGACAAAUCCCACUCUAUUUUUCAGAAGAUCUUGUAGAUGGUCAAAAUAUUAAUUUGUACCUUUGUGCUUCGAAGCCAACACAGCAGCUAUGGAAACCCUGAAACACUUUUCCUUGCUAUAAAAAAGCAAAUUUUCACAAAAGGAAAAACUGCUCUGCCCACUAAAAUAGAAAAACGCAGAUAUCAAGCUCAAAAACUGAAAACCAAACCCAGAUAGGGCUAAUCAGGCGGCAAGUGGCAGCCAUUGCUUCCUCUUAGUAGAAUGCAAAGCAGUCUCCCAGCUUUUGUCAGAGCUCUUUGCACCAUUUCUAGAAGAAAUGUGUGAUUUUGUGGGUGAUAGUUUUGCCACCUCUCUCAUUUUUUGCUUGGGGAUGGGUCAUAUUUUGUGUACAAAACAAUUCACUGAAGGUGAUCUAAUUUCAUUUCAUUUUCAUUUUUUGUCGGUCAUUCCAAUUUUUUAUUUUUAUUCUCUCACUUGCCACAAAUAGCUAAAGCUAGUCUACUUGAUGUAAGUGGACAGUGUCUAUACAAAAAAUAUGCACUCCAAAAAUUUUAUAUUAAAUUUACAAGUUAGUAAACGAAAGUUAUUUCUGUAAGUGUAUGAACAUAAAAGAAUAAAUUAAGUCAGGCUAUCUGGAGUACAAAAUAUAAAUCAGACUUUCUUCAGGCAGACCAAUAUCUCCGGUAACCAGAUUAAUAAAGUACUAGUUGCUAUUAUGGUCAGGUUGACAGCUCAUUUGUUGGUACUAAAGUUGUUGUUUUCUGAGUUGCAGGUUUGGUGGUAAUGUACAACACUUUAAAGUUCUGCGAGAUGGAGCUGGAAAGUAUUUCUUGUGGGUUGUAAAAUUUAAUUCAUUGAAUCAGCUGGUGGAUUAUCAUCGCACCUCCUCUGUCAGUAGAUCACAAACAAUUUAUUUAAAAGACAUGGUAGAGGAAAGAGAGGUGGGUACCUUAACUUUAACUUUUUCGUAAUCUUUUUAUCAGAGGGCCAGUCGCCUUUUGCACUGUGUGUAACAUACCUUAUUAUAGGAAAUUAAUGGGAAUUUCCAAAAUUUGCAUUAAUUUAGGUUGAAUUGAUGUUAACUUUAAUUUCAGUGCCUUUAAUUAAGUGUAGUGUUAAUUUCCAUGACCUUAGUUUCUAUUAUUUGGACUCCAAUUUCUCAAUACCUUCUGACAUUCUUGACACCUAAGAAAGAGGACUGUUUUUAUCAGGUUGGAGUUCUGCCACUAACAGAGAAAAUGUGUAGAACUUGAAGUGGCCUGAUUUCUUCCCUUAAACCCUUUGGUUAGAAGAAAGUAUCCAUUUCGGAUUUCAAGUUUAACUUUAAUCCUAUUGUCUCAAAAAGUUUUAUUUCUUUGUAAAUGUUGCAUUUAUUUUCUUUAUUUUGAAAGUCACCAACACCAACUUUGGUGUCAAAGUCUCUUAAUAACAGCAAUAAAUUACUGCCUGAGAAGACCACUGACAUUAUUAAGUGAUGCCACGGUUGUGGGUUUCCUUGUGAAAAGACGUGUGAGGAGCAAGUGCUGAAAUUUCAUACCUUGAUGACGUGUCACUACCCUGAUCUGGGUAAUUUCACUUCAUCAGUAUGGAAUUUCUGUCGGGUCGUUCCUCAGACGUCGUUUUGCAGGGAAACCUGCAACAGAGGCAUCGCUUACUGUUGGCAGUUUUCUCCGGCUACAUUAUUAUUGCAGCUGCCACAAUGAUGCAUCCUUUAAACUGCAUCUGCGCCUACUAUUGUGGUCUCAGGUUUACUACCAAUCAGAGCAUAGUUAAUAGAGGGAAUGGUUAUGAAACCCGACAAAGUUCUUAUGUAUGUUUUUGUUCUCUUUUUUGGCCUUGACCCUGCACAAAACACAAUAGUUGUUUACUCCGUACUGAGGAACUAACCAAUAGAAACGUGCUGGUUACGUAAUUCAUGCAUAACGUAUGAACGCAAAACAAAAGAUUGUGCAGGGUCGUGGACCUUCUAACAUAAAUCUUGGCAUCUUUGUUUGCUCCUUUGAUGUUUGCCGGGCUUCAUAACCAGUCACCUCCAUUAACUAUGAUCAGAGUCACAAAUGCUUUGAAGUUACAAUGUAUCUAGAAACAAAUUGAGCCAUUCAACAAAUUUUCACAGUUUGUGGGUAAAAACUGCUCAGCUGCACCUGAUAUUUCACAAAGUAGAUUUUUUUGUUUGUAAAAUGAUAGUUCCAGUUGGCUUUAUUCAUUAGUACUAAAAUGGUCUAAAGCAGUUUCUCCAAUUAAUGACCAGUUGCAGGAAGUCUAUGUCGCAGCUUAUGAAUUUACACCUGAAGAGGAAGGAGAGCUAUACUUUAAACGUGGAGAUAAAAUACAAGUAUUGGAUAAAGAAGAUGUAAACUGGUGGAAGGGCAGAAAUCUUACAUCUAACCAAGAAGGCUUGUUUCCUUCCACCUAUGUGCAGAAGAAACCAUUGUAGGGAUCCAAAAUCAUUAUGGAAAAAAUACACUUUGCUCAGUAUUUGUCAUAAGAAAGCAAAGAAAAAGAAUAAAUAGUGUAAGAAGAAAGUAUUAAUCUUGUUUAUCAAUACCAUAACCUGCCACUUAUUAUCCCUGGGCUGAUACAUUUUUGUAAGCAGGUUUAGGAGGGCCUUUAAAUGGGGGAGACGGGGGAGGGGGGCUUAUAUCUAAGUGGGCUCAUAGCAGGAAGAGAAAAAGCACUUGAAAACAUGCUACAGCAGUACUGAUCAAAAUAUAUUUUGCACGUAUUUGCUUUUAAUAGACCUUUCCACAGUUAAAUUUCUGACAUGAGCAAGUUAGGGAAAAUUUGUCUACUCCACUGGAAUGAGCAACUUUAAAUUAGCAA